AGGAGGAGUGUGCGUGUGUGUGUGUGCGAGAUGGUGGAGGAAUGAAUAGGAGAGAAUAUUUUGGCAGGACUAAGUGAAUUGUUUAACCCACCUUCUUUCACACAACAUAACCCCCCCUCCACCCCCCCGCCGCACAUUCAUCACCCGCCUCCAAACAUUUAAGGUAAAAUUUGGAAGGGGAGAGACACAAGUGCAAGGAGCUUCUCGUCUCGGAGGUAUGGAGUCGGGUCUAAGCUGUGACCGGGUCUGUCUCCAGAAGACGACACGUCUGUCUUCCACCGAUCCAUCUCCUACCUCGUAAGCCGAGCCGAGUUCUGUCCGGUAGAAUGAGAACACCACUUUGCAAGCAGGGUGUCCAUUCCUGGUGUCAUAAAGACUGACAACUCGGAGCGAAAAUCCGCCGACCAAACACCAUGAGGCUAAAAGUGAGUGUGCUGGACCUGUGCCACACCGUGCUCUGCGUUGGGUUAAUGCUCUGCGGAGAAGGAGGAGUGUCGUCCGUGCUGGCCCUCGGAGCCAGUAUAAUCUGCAGAAAGAUGCCUGGCUUGUCCCCACGCCAGCGAACCAUCUGUGAAGCCCGUCCUGAUGCCAUGAUAGCGAUUGGCACAGGGGCACGAUUGGGGAUCGAAGAGUGUCGCUACCAGUUUCAGCACAGCCGAUGGAACUGCAGCUCUUUGGGGGAACCAAGUCUCUUUGGACCGGAGCUAAAAGUAGGUAGUAAGGAGACGGCUUUUUACUAUGCCAUCCUCUCAGCUGGCAUUGCUCACGCCAUCACCCAUGCCUGCAGUCAGGGCAAUUUGACAUACUGUGGCUGCGACCGAGAGAAGCACAGCUACCAUGAUCCCGAUAGAGGUUGGCGGUGGGGAGGGUGCUCUGCCGACGUGAAACAUGGAAUUCGUCUGUCUCGGGAGUUUGUGGACGCCCGUGAGGUGAAACGUAAUGCCCGCACCCUGAUGAAUCUACACAACAACAUGGUUGGGAGGAAGCUGUUGGAGAAGAGCGUCCAGCUGGAGUGUAAGUGUCAUGGAGUUUCAGGAUCCUGCACCAUGAAAACAUGCUGGGUGACACUACCCCACUUACGAGCUGUGGGUGACAUGUUGAAGGAGAAGUACGAGCAGGCCGUGAUGGUGGAAACCGUGAAGGGAAGACGCCAACUCUUGCCAACGUUCCUCAAGCUCACGAAUCCCCAGAGCUAUAACAAACCCGCAGAGACCGACCUGGUGUACGUCGAGAGGUCCCCAAACUUCUGCGAGAAAGACAAUGCCACUGGCAGCAUGGGGACCUACGGUCGUCUAUGUAAUCGCACAUCAACUAUGUCGGACAACUGUGAGAUCUUAUGCUGUGGUCGGGGAUAUAAGACCCUUCAGUAUACCCACUCGUGGCAGUGUCACUGCAAAUUCCACUGGUGCUGCAAUGUAAUCUGCAGUACAUGCAGUGAAAGGACGCAGGCCUACAUCUGCAACUGAAAAGGGGAGAGAGGGACACAGGAGGAGAAUGAGAUGAAGAAAGGUCUCACGGUGUGGAAGAUGGGCCACGCCAAGCAAGAGAGCAUCACAGGGUGAAGAGAAAGGGCUGGCAGUAAAAGAGAGAGAGGGGACAAAAUGGAGAGACCACAAGGCUAGACGGAAAGGCAACAGAUCCAUGGACAAAGACGUAUCCAUGCAUCCUACAGAAGAAAGGGGGUCGAAAAGCAAGAAUGUACAGUGACCUUAAUUUGGGUUUA